CCACACGACAGCAGAAGCAGCUCCUCCAUUCAGAAAAGGCAGAUGGAUUACCCGCCGCUGCUGUUCUUCCACCUCAUAGUCCCGCCGUUUCAGCGUUUCGUGGUUUAGUUUCCGUUUAAAGUAAGCAGACGGUCGUCGCAUAACCCUGUCGUCUGCUAGCUACAAAAUGCAAACGAGCGCUCGUGGAUGAAUAGCAGCGGAGAGCUGUCUCUCUCGCUCACUCCACCGCCUCCUCCUCGCCCUCUUUCGACCCAAAAAAGUGGCAUCGGCAUCGCGAGGGAUGACAAAGUCCCACCUGAAUCUGGAAUGGUGACUUUGUACGGUUUAGUGUUGCUCCUGAUUUCACUUCUGGAGUACGCCCAGACUGCAUUCAACCACCAGGCUUACAACAAGGAACCAGAGCGACGUUUAGGAGAGACAUGCCUAACCCGUACCGCGUGCGAGCUGGGAGACGCUCACUCCGACUGUGUCCACUGGCAGUGCCAGUGCAAGAGGGGGUUCCGGAUAGAGUUCCUACACGGACUCCCGGUCUGCGUCACUGGGUUCUUCCCAAUGCAGUGUUACUCACACAGUCAGUGCAAAGAGAUGGACGAGCAUUCGCAAUGCGUCAGUAAUGUCUGCGAUUGCGAAAGCGGUUACCAGAGGGAGCUCAUUUACUGGAAGUACGUCUGCAGACCAGAAAAGUCGGACAAGAGCCUCAUCAUCUUCAUCCUCAGCUUCACGCUGCUUCUGUUAAUCGUUGUUCUUCUCUACAUCGGGAAGCACUAUGUGCAGUCCGAAUGUGCAGCACCACGCAGUCCUCCAUGUCCAACUUCUUCAGCAAUCACGGGCUUCAGUGGGUCCAUACAGGAUUCCGACAGUCCGGAGUGGGACCUAGUCGUAAUACCGAGAGCAGUGCGACCGCCUUCUCCUGUUCUGCCUUCCAAAGAAGACCUUCCACCGAGUUACGAAGAAGUCAUGCGCUACCUUUCUCGUCAGUCUUCCAAGAGAUGACGCUCACAGCACCAUGCGUGGCUACAUACCUAUCACUGACGGCCACGUGCUGCCAAACGGAGACCGAAAGUGCGCCCAUAGGGCGUAUACAUUCUCCACCACCGGCAUCGUCAUCAGUGUGUCUCCCAUCGUCCACUGGUGGGUGCGUUCCGGCUAAGCCUACACAAAUCUAACGGACAUCAACGGUGCCCCUCUUCGUUUUUGCAAUUUAUUCUAGAUUAUAUACGAACAGGCACCGCGAUGAUGAUGAUGAUAUUUGCACACAAAUUUCUAAGCCUACUUGUUCCGCUUCCGGGCAGAUUUUUGCCUCACAUAGCCACAGCUGAAGAGCCUGGUGAAAGACAAAGCUGAGGUGCUGAGCAUUUCGAUUGCAGAACAAGUGCGUGGGCUGACUUCACGGACACGGAAACUUUUGAAGCCUUACUUGUGGACAUAGAAGCAGAUCCUAGCUUCCAAGUUGAAAAAAAAAGAAGAAGAAGAAGACAGUGCUGAGUGUUAUAAUCGUGGUGGCACUGAUGACUGACCUGUCGAUGCUUUCUGUUACGAGAAUCAUUCCAAACGUAAUCUCCAUGGAACCUUUACUGAACUGGACCCUUCAAUAUGGUUUAAACGAGUGCUGAAAACAGUGUGCCAGUGUCGCUCACCGAGCAGUUUGCUGAGCAAUCUGCUGAACAGUGUGCUGACGACACAGAACAGAGUGUUACAUACAGGCUCAAUCGAACCAGAAGUGCUACAAACGUCCCGUCUCUUUCUCUCUCUCUUUUAUAAAAAGAAAAUAACCGAAUUUUCGGACUGAAAAUUCGGCCUGCAUCAAACUCCUCGAGAUACCACAAGCCUUGAUACACAGACUGCCACUGCUUUUCGAGGUUUUUGUUAGACACAAUGUGCAGUGACUUCGUUUGGUUUGUUGAGCAUGAUGACGUCACUCGUCCGUGAGAGGGCGCCACUGGUAAAGAGACACGCUCACCUUCGGUGCAAACGCGGCAUAAUUAAUGACCGACCAACAUUCCUCUAACCUUGCUCGAGCCAAAGUAUCCACUUUAGACGUUUAAUUAAACAAAACAAUGAUGUCCCUGUUAGGGACGUCUUCCUCGCGUCUCAGUAAGCCGAAUUCGUUGUACUGAUGCGACCAACGUAAUUCGACAUAACAAUUAUGUUUACAAACCAUUCUGUUUCCUGUUUGUUGUAUUUGUUACUUUUUAGUGGUGCAAAUAUAGGCGCGCGUACGAAAUGUUAAAUCAAAUGUUAAAUGUUCAUGAAAUGUUAAAUCAAAUUCACUCGCUCUGUGUGAGACAAAACCUACCAUUCUCCAAGCAACAUGCGGUGCCAUAUUUGCGUUGCUAAUAUAAAUCAUAAAACCUAGAAAAAAUUAACGUACUAAUAAUUACAAUGAUUAAAUGCGGUACAUUAAAUUCCCAUACACUCCCGGCAAUAAUAGUUUUUUUUCUCUCUCUCUAGACAAUAUUUAUUACACUAAGUAUACGCCGCAUGCUCUCUAUCAUGAAACGUCACCAGUCUUUCAACGAGUAAAUCAUGUUUAUUCCACCCUAUAGAAUAAACGCUACCAGUAAGCGUCGCGCGAGGUACGAAGACGUUACAUUAACGUUAGACCAUGUUCACACACAUUGUUACAUGAAUGUCCUUCGGUUCCAGCCUCCUUUCUGACGAUAACCGGUUCGGAUGUUCGCCAUGCUGUGCUCAAACUAUCCCAAAACAGGGAAGGUCCCCUUCCGCGCGGGACUUCUCCAACACGUUGUUAUAUGCCUUGCAAUGUCCUUUCGAUUGUAAUUGUGGCGUCCCAAUUGUGACGUCACAACUACUACAGAUGAACGCACGGCAAGUGGAAUGAUUACAAUUAGCUGUUACUCAUCAAUGUACAC